AGUCGUACAAUACAGAGACGCACAUCGUCGUUGCUCGUCUCCGAUCACAACGCCUGAAAAAAAAAAUAAUAAUAACCAAUCCCACGUAGACACAAAUGACGGAUACGCCGUCUGCUCUCAGCGCACGGGCCUCGGUGCGGCUCAGCGGUGCCAAACGGCCGCGUGAGUCACGCAUUGAAUUCAGCGUAGAUGAAGUGAAGGAGUCCCUCGGCGUUGGUGACGACUGCGUCGUCCUCGGUAUCGAUGAGGCAGGCCGUGGCCCCGUCAUUGGCCCAAUGAUCUACACUGGCGCCGUCGUAGCUCUCGCCGAGCACGACGACCUCGUCCGGCUGUGCCACGUCGCCGACAGUAAAGUGUUAGACGAGCGCCACCGCCUCGCCUCGCUGCGGCAGCUGCAGCAGUUAAAGUCGUUUCGCGCCUUCACGGUGGUCGUGUCACCGCAGGCGAUAUCCUCCACCAUGACGGGGCGCAGCGGGCGCACCUUGAACACGCUGAGUCACGAGGCGGCAAUGCGCAUAGUGUCAGAGGCCACGUUGGCCUCCGCGGGCAAGCUUUGUGCGGCCUACGUAGACACGGUGGGGCCUCCCGAGACGUACCAGGCAAAGCUGGCGGGGCGCUUCCCGCACCUGCGCGUGACGGUGUCGAAGAAGGCGGACUCGAAGUACCCAAUUGUGUCGGCUGCCUCCAUUGUCGCCAAGACGGCGCGGGACGCCGCCAUCGCGGAGCUGGGGGAGAACGUGGGAAGCGGCUACCCGAGCGAUCCGCGAGCCGUCGCCUGGCUGCGCUCUCACGUGCACCGCUUCUUCGUCUUUAGCCACGCUUACGACUACGUGCGCCACUCCUGGGGUCCCGUGAUGCAACUCGCAAAGGACCCCGACGUGUGCGUCCCCGUGGUGUUUGCGCAGGACCUCGAGGCAGAAGAAGCGUCACGGCAGGGUGGGCGGAGGGAGGCGAACCAGCCGAAGCUGAGCUUCGCCAAGCCCGCGGCGAGGCGGCACACAGUGUACACCCACCUGCUGAAGCUUCGAUACCCCGCGAGUCUGACAGACUAG